UGAAUUAGGCGUUGGCCAGGACAAAUCCGACUCAACUUUGGAGCUAUAUCGACAACCCAGAGGUCGAAUUCUGCGCCAUUCGCUGCAGACGACCUUGUUACGAUCUCAUUCAUGUCCACAACCACCACUGAGGCUCCGAGAAUAACCAAACGAAAACUAGACGACGCGAUCUCCAUCCUGGAUUCGGCGGUGAAUGAGAGUAAGACGGACAUUGGUGGAGUUGACCCUAGUCCCUCCAAACGGCCAGCCACAGCGAAGUCCAUUUACGCUAGUUUGUCAAAAUAUGGAUUUAGAGGGAAGGAUAAGGCACCCGAAAAGCAAGGGCCAUCGAGAACUCCUAAGCUGACCUCUUUGUUGAACCGGACACGAUCGCCUCAACUCGAACGGAGCUCGUCACACCCCGGGAGUACUCAGCCCAGCACACAUCCACACAUAUCUCUUCCCCAAGCUCUUACUUCUCGCCCACCCUACAGGCCUACUUCAACUCCAGACUUCCUCAAUCGCUUAUCGACGUUUAAACUCUCUACUUAUCGCGACAAACCCCGCCCCAUUAACGCAGUGGCUGCUGCAAAAUGUGGGUGGAAAAAUGACGGCCAGAAUCGAUUGGUGUGCGAAAAUUGCAAUGCCGCAUGGGUUGUGGGACAAACAACAGGAAUGAGUCGAGAUGCCGCAAACGCUCUCAUUGAACGGCAAAAGGCUUCCAUGGUCACUGGCCACAAAGAGUCUUGUCCGUGGCGUAAGCGACAAUGCGAUGACCGCGCGAUAAUCUUGUCUCCGGCAGUGCAGAGCAUAUCUAUUAAACACCCACUGAACACAUCACAGUUAACCUCCCUUUUAACCACCAUUAAUUCUUUACCCUCAGCACAAGAUAUCCUAAGCAUUGCAUCUGAGCAGAUCCCACCUCCAUUAAGCGACACCGCUCUCAUCCUCUCGCUCUUCGGCUGGGGACCUACAUCGUCGUCCCACCUCCCUGGGCACCGCCAAAGCUCUCUCACUCAAUCCCUUUCACGGGCUACUUCGGCGUCUCUUGGUCGAACGCCUUCCCUCGCCAGAGGCUCCAACACGCCCAGAUUCGCAUUAGAACGGUCACCAACCCCAGUUGGCAGCCCUUCGCCCACCGUCAGUAUGAUUAGGUUACCCGGAUCUAAGUUCGACGUUACUUUGAGCUGUUCACUUUGCCAACGAAGGAUUGGUCUGUGGUCUUUCCAGCCCACACCUGCCGUCGACGCGCCUGACGUCACCGCUCCCACUGCUAUCAAUGGUCUUCGAAACGGAACGAACGAAACGUCGGCAGAUAGUCCCUCGCCGUCCUCUCCUGCGUCUGCCCGCCCCUCCCUGAAUCCACACCCACGUCGACCUACGCAGUUGCGAACGUUGGAUGUUACGACAGAACACCGGUCAUUCUGUCCAUACAUCGUGAAGUCAACGCCCAUGCCAUCUUACCCUGCGUUCACUGGCGCUGGGGACGGUUCCAACGUCAAUCCUCGGCCGAAGAGUAAGCAGAGUGACGCCGAGCUCCUUGUGGAGGGUUGGAGGGCAGUGCUAGGCGUCGUGAACCGUGCUGGAAUGGGGGCGCGCAGGAGGAGGAGUGACGUCUUUGGGCCCCUCUCCAGUACUGAUGAUCAGAUGGCGGAUGAAGGGGCCGCAAAUGUGGAUUCGAUGGUCGAGAGCGUGAAGAAAGGAGGGACACGAGACUUGUUACGAUAUGUAAAAGGGUUGCUGGGAUAAGAAAGCCCCUGUACGAUUUUGGGUGGAGUCUAUGUUUCUGUCGCGAACGUGUUGUACUGGGUGUACCGCCAUCAUAUUUGGUCUGUACUGUGCUGGAUACUCAGAGCGUGGUGCAACAAAAUGUUGCUAUGCCCAUUAUGUACUCUGCCUUUGUCCAAGGGCGUGUACAAAUUCGGUACGAGGGCUAGGAGCAGAAGAUAGCGUUGCAAUGACCAGCAAAGGUUACGGUUAGGCUUAAUGUCUUCAACAGUAGCAUUUAUUCGGGUGGCUACUAAAUUGAACUUGACUACGGUAUAAGGUUUUAUGACAGAUAUGAUCCGGGAUGCCCUUGUGACGAGCAGUAUUUGCACAUUAUGCGGCCGGUCAAGAAAGGCUGCAGCAUAUGGAGGUAUCAGCCGCAAGACUCAAAUUGAUAGCAGUCCGUGAACGGAAACAGGCAG